GUCGACAAUCUGUAAUACGAUUGCGUAUCGAUGCCUAUGAAUCCAAUGUUGAGUGGGUAAAAAGGCGAGUGGUGGGGUUAGAUGCAAGACCAGAAGGAGGUGAAGAACGUGGAGGUGGUGAAGGAUGAGGAGGAGAAGGGGCGAAGAAAAGGUAAAGCAAAGGGUAGAAGAGGUUAUGAACUCUAACCCACGGAUGGUCGAAGUAGUGUUGUAGCUGCUAUGAACUGCCCAAAUGACGCGUGGUCAGAUCGGUCAUCGUUGUUGGCGAUAAAGGGAGAAAUGGAUAGGGAGCAUAGAGAUCUGCGUGAUCAUGAUAAUCCUAAUGAGAACGAAGGAGAACGGAAAAGUGGAAUGGAUUUUCGUAGUAUCUCCCAUUCUCAUCAUGGAGUACCUGAUCACUCGAUGGAUGCUGACUCUGAGAGAGAUAUGGAAAUCGAUCAAAAUGAUCGGCCUGAAAACUUGCACGACGAUAAAACGGAUCAAAUGUUGGAAAGAAAUUUUCACUAUUUAGAGCAUCAUCCAGCUAUGAGAGAUAUUGAGAGAGAUCAGAACAAUCACAUGGAUAACUUGCAUGAUGAUAAAAUAGACCAUAAAAUGAGUAGAGAUUAUCGCAAUAUAGGACAUCAUCCAGCCAUGCUUCAUUUACCCUCUGGCAUAGAACACUUGAAUAAUGUCGAUGUAGAGGUUAAAUUGUCAAGAGACGUUAGAGGUUCCUUAGGUUUAGGAUUAUCCCUAGAAUUAUGUGUUGUAUGUGGAGAUCGAGCAAGUGGUAGACAUUAUGGAGCUAUAAGUUGCGAAGGCUGUAAAGGUUUUUUCAAACGUAGCAUCCGUAAGCAACUAGGUUACCAAUGUAGAGGAAGUAAAAGUUGCGAAGUUACCAAACACCAUAGGAACCGCUGCCAAUAUUGUAGGCUUCAAAAGUGCCUAGCAAUGGGUAUGAGAAGUGACUCCGUUCAGCACGAACGAAAACCAGUAUUAGGAGAAACUGCUGGGGCUAAAGUUGGAAGUCGUAGUCCUAGAGUCAAACCAGAACCACAACAACCAGUACCCGAAGCUCCUCAAACUUGGGAACAGCCUGAGAGUCCUUGUAUGGAAGACCAAAGCAGCGAUAGUGAUUUGAGCGAUGCUUUGACGUUUGCUAGGGACCGUUUAUUAAUAUCUCAUGCAUUGGAUAGUAUAGCAAAAUUUAUUGGGGAUGGUGUAAAUGGUUCCAGUGAACCAGACGAAGAGUGGACAGGUCAGUUAAUCUCAGAGAGGCAUACAUUGUUCGAGCUGAGAGCACCUAGCCCUGCACCUGCAUACUUAUCUAUACAUUACAUCUGUGAAAGUGCAGCAAGGCUAUUAUUUUUGUCUGUACAUUGGGCAAGAGGGAUUCCUGCUUUUCAAGCCCUACCAUCAGAAAUCCAAACUACGUUGGUGCGUAGUUGUUGGGGACAGUUAUUUACAUUGGGCUUAGCACAGUGUGCAUAUACUUUAUCCCUUCCUAGUAUUCUGACAUCCAUUAUAAAUCAUCUACAAACUAGUAUCACGCAAGAAAAAAUUACUGCUAGUAAAGUGAAAUCCGUUACAGAACAUAUAUGCAGAUUACAAGACUGCGUUAGUUCUCUUCACAAAUUACAAGUAGAUUCCGUCGAAUACGCCUAUCUUAAAGCCUUAACGCUCUUCAGCGCGGAUAAUGUGCUGGUUGGUAUUUGGCGUAAAAAGGUUGAAGCCCUACAGGAAGCAGCAUGGACGGAAUUACAACAACGAGUAGGAUCUGAUAGAUUACCUCGUCUUUUAUUAAAACUUGCACCUCUUCGUACCAUUAACCCUAGAGUGUUAGAAGACCUUUUUUUUGCGGGUCUUAUUGGUAGAGUAAGCGUAGCUAGUGUAGUGCCUUAUAUUCUGACCAUGCAAGAUUGUAAAUCAGAACCUGAAAGUCACAAGGGAAAGCCAAAGAGGGCUGCAGUGGAACAAAAAAAGGAAGAAAAAGAAGAGUCGAAUAAGGGUAAACGUAAACACGAGGAGGAAGAUAAGGAUACGAUAAUUCGUAAAAAGUGUGAGACUACUGGUACGAGUCAGGAUAGCAAAAGAAAAAUGAUGGAGAAUAUGUUACCUAAAUGUGACGCGCGUCUUCCAAAAAUGAGCCCGAUAACUGACGAUUACGAGAUCAGUAAUCACGUUUUGGGUCUUGGUAUUAACGGAAAGGUCGUACAGUGUUACGAUAGAAAAACUAGGGAAAAGUAUGCCCUAAAGGUUUUACACGAUUGUGUCAAAGCGAGAAGAGAAGUAGAAUUACAUUGGAGAGCAUCCAAUUGCAGACACAUAGUUCAAGUAAAAGAUGUAUAUGAAAAUUCGUAUAGUGGCAACAAAUGCUUACUUGUGGUAAUGGAAUGCAUGGAAGGUGGCGAAUUAUUUCAAAGGAUUCAAGAUCGGCAAGACUGUGCUUUUACGGAAAGGGAAGCUGCACAAAUAAUGUACGAAAUAUGUGUAGCGGUAAAACAUCUGCAUGAUAUGAAUAUUGCUCACAGAGAUCUCAAACCGGAAAAUCUUUUGUAUUCCAAACCAGACAGAACGGGAAUUUUAAAAUUAACCGAUUUUGGAUUUGCCAAAGAAACACAUAUGAAAGAUAAUUUACAGACUCCUUGUUAUACGCCAUAUUAUGUUGCUCCAGAAGUUCUGGGACCGGAAAAAUACGAUAAAAGUUGCGAUAUUUGGUCGCUCGGUGUAAUAAUGUAUAUACUAUUAUGCGGCUUUCCACCGUUUUAUAGUAAUCACGGUUUAGCGAUAUCACCUGGAAUGAAAAAAAGAAUUCGUUUGGGUCAAUAUGAUUUUCCUUCUCCAGAAUGGUCGAAUGUAAGUGUACAAGCUCGCGAUCUCAUAAAAGGAAUGUUAUGCACGGAUCCGGCGCAGAGAUUGCAAAUAGACGAAGUGAUGCGCAAUAAAUGGAUUGCCAAAUACACAGAAGUGCCUCCUACACCAUUGCACACUGGUCGUGUACUAAGAGAAGGUGAAGAACUUUGGCCCGAAGUACAAGAAGAAAUGACCCGUUCGUUAGCUACAAUGCGAGUAGAUUAUGAUACGGCAAAUCUUAAACAACUCGAUCAUAGCAACAAUCCAUUAUUAAACAAACGUAGACGUGCUAAACAAGCAAGCGCUAUUCCACCAACUGCUAAUCCUACACCAGCUUCCUAGGAGGAUGUUCUACGAGCCAGAAAAAACUGGCAAUUUUUGAUACGCAGAUGCAUUAGAUAUAGCAUUAUUACAAUGCGGAUUGUUUUUUGACGACUUGCAUCAUCAUGCAAAGGAAACAAACUUGCAAAGUAGAUAACUAUUAUAAAAGAAGCCAAUUGUGUGCAUAUGAGUGCACAUGCAUCUAUGCAUGAAGGAUUACAUGCUGCGUUGUUCUAACGUUCUGUUUUAAACAAUCGUACAAUUUGUAAUAUAUAUUUUAUUUAUUAUAUAUAACGAUGAAAUAACUUGAAAAAUUUAUUAAUUACAGACGCAACAAACGUUAAUAUUAUUUUUCUUCAGCGAUAGCAGCAUGUAUCCUUCAUAUUCGUACAUAAUUUGCUUUAAUUAUUUAUCAAUAUUUUUUAAUGGAUUUCAAAAAUUCUACGGCCUGAUGAAAAUUAUUUUUUAAAUAACAAUACCAUUAAUAUAUUAAAAGAAAAUAGAAAAUAUGAAAAGAGAAGUUAUAUAAGUAAAAGGAAAAAAUAAAAUGAUAUACAAUACUUGCUGAAGAAAUGAUAGGUAUACAUCUUUCAUUUGAUAAACAUUUUUCUAACGAUAGAUUAGACGGUAUCACAUCAACGAUAUAUACGUAUAUUAAUUGUUGAAACUUAGUACAAAUUAUUCAAUUUUAUAAAUAUUUCUUUUUCUAGAGAACGAUAAUCUUCACAGUGGCCUAAUCAUAUAUUCUGAAAAAAGCUUUGAGUGAUUGAAUGUAAGAAGAGUGUACUAGAAGGAGCACAAAUUUGUUAAUAGUGAAUAUUUAUGCUCGUAAGGAAUGACAUUUUAAAAAUAAUAUUUUAGUGUUAUAUAUGUAAUCAUGGUAUAAUAUACACUCAAGCAUAUAUCUUUAGAAAUUGAAUUUCGCGUAGUAUAGAAGUACAGCAAGAAUUGACAUCACGUUCAUUUUAAGCCGUCCAAACUACAGAGUACUAGAAACAGGAAAUAAAAUAAUAUCUAAUUAGAUAUCGUUAAAUAUUAUAUCGCUUUCGUAUGAAAUUAUUUAUUAUGAUUGUAGAAUGAUAUCUCAAAGUGAUAUACCAACGAGAUUCUAGGAAGAAGUAUUCACUGAAUGGUUCCAAAAUUGAUGUGACUACCAAUUUGAUAAAUGGAUUAAUCAGUUUACUUAAACAUUUCGCACUGGUCUUUGUAUUAUUAAACAUCUCACUAUUCCAUGAAUAUUUUUGCCUGAUAUUUUAGACUAUUAAGUAUGAAAUGUUCGAUUUUUGACAAUAAUUCGGACGUUUUAUACUUAAUAAUCCAAUCUAUAUAUAUGUACACACAAGAGUUUAGUGUUCCUUUUUGACAUUUCGCUGAAGUUUUAAGAAGUAUAGUGUUGAGAGAAUAUAUUAGAACAAUUAUAGAGAAUAAAAUUAUAUAAAAUAUAAUACUUUGAAGAGUAUAUUUUUACCAAUAUGUUGAAAUAAAAAAACAACAAAUUACUUUAAAUGUAUUAAUCAUAAUGUUGGUACACGAAUAUACUUAGAAAUUACAAAAAAAAUAUCGAUCAAGUAAAACUAUUCACACUCGAUUAUAGCGAAUGACGUGUGUGUCUAUAGAUUUGAUUAUAUAUUUUAUAUAAAUAAAUUUAGUAUAGAGUUUUAGAGAAAAUGUUCAUUAUAUCGUCAAUCAAUAACUAAAUAUUAAGAAACAGAAUAUAGAUCAGACUGUUUAUUUAGAAGUGACUGAUAUCUAUUUAAAAAAAUUGUAAAUAUUCUUUAGGGUAUAUAUCAAAUUUGUAGUUGAGAAAACGAAUCGUAUAUCAUUCAUUUGUAGAAUUUAUCCAGAUUGGUGCUAUAUUUUCAAAUAUUAAAGAUAUUUUUAAAAAAUUAUAAAUAAUUGUCAGUAAAAAGCUUAUCUAAUAAGACUGGUGAUAUAUGAAGUUAUUGAUAUCAUGAUAAUACUGGCCUUAUAAACAAUUGUUCUAAAUUAAACGUUUAUUCACUCAUAUAUUUUUUCAGUUAUAAGAACAGCGAAUUGGACAACAAAAUUAUAUUUUUAUAAUGAAUAAACUGAUUCGACAUGCAUUUAUAAAACUUGACAAUAAAAAUGUGAAUGUUCUCUUAUAGAAUUAUUUCUUCUGAUUAAAAUUUAACUUUAAUCGCUAUUAUUAUUAUUAAACAAAAAUCAAUAAGAAAAUCAAAUUAAACGAACGGAAUAUUUAUAACAGUUAGUGCUUUGAAAAAGUUAUAAUUCAUUUAAUUUAAAUAUAAUUCAGAUAAUGAAUCAUAACAUUCAUGCUCCUAAUAUAUUAUUUUUGACUUCACAUUCAUUGAAGUCUUAAUAAAACUAUUACUUUUAUCUUUCCUUUUUUUUGAAGGCCAUCAACAACUCGAGUAACAAUCAUGCACCGAUAUACAGUAUACACUGUUCUAUAAUACAAGUAUUCUUAUAUUAUGCUUUUUCUUUAAAUAUGCGUGAAUGAUUAUGCAUAUAUAAUUUCUAACAAAUAUAGAUCCAAAAAAAACUGUAUGACCAGUAUCACACAGGGAUAUACACACUGUAAGUACUUAUAUUAAUUAUUGUUAAAAGUACUAUGCAUCUUAAUGAGAAAUGAUUCGUUACAUCUAUGUGUAUCAAAAUAAAAAGAAGAAAAAAAAGAAAAAGAAAAUAUGUUAAAAUACAAAGUUAUAAAAAAUUAUAAAUAAAAUAAAUUUUUAGAA